GCGGGGCUGUAACGCUCCGUGGGUAAAAUUAAGGCGCAGCCACCUGCUGUUUGAAAACACACACACACACACACACACUUUUUCCGCCUUUAAACUCGGUCUGCUCCAACUGUUCGCUAAGCGGAAAUGAGUCGAAUUUCAAAGAAGAUUCUUUUGCUUCUGCUUCUUGUUGGUGGCCUGUACCUCAUCAGUCAAUCUGACUUCCUUAUUGCUAGCUCAUCAACCUUACAUACGACAAGUCUCCCUCAGACAAUGUGGCAGGGGUCCCAGCAGUUGGAUAGUCCAGAGUCCUGGGUUGACCAGGGAGAUUAUCUGCCCCUCAAUGUAUCCUAUGAGAAGCUUGCUGGAGCACCUGCUACUGAGCAAAGGUUUCUGUGUAUUGGGAUCUCGUCGGUAAAGAGGACAAAGGGAACCUACCUCCUCACCACUUUGCGCUCCCUCUUCUCCCAGUCUUCUCCCCAGGAGCGCUCUUCUAUGGUGGUGGUAGUGCUGCUGGCAGAUUUUGAUGCCAGGUGGAGAGCUUCAACAGUAAGAGAGAUCAGAACAGCAUUCCCCUCUGAGCUGGAGCAAAACCAGCUGGUGGUUCUACAUGUUCCUCAGGACUGGUACCCCCCAAUCACAGGACUAAAGAGGAACUACAACGAUCAUCCAGAACGGGUAACUUUUCGCUCCAAACAAAACCUGGACUACUCUUUUCUGAUUAAUUAUUGCAGGCGUUUGGCCCAGUACUACCUCCAGCUGGAGGACGACGUCUCCUCUGCAAAGAACUUCCUGAGCACCAUCAGGAAGCGUGUCAAUGAUCAUAAUGCUAAAUCCACUACUUGGGCAACGCUGGAAUUUUCAGCCCUUGGCUAUAUUGGGAAACUCUACCAAUCAGUUCACCUUCCUCUACUGGCUCGCUUCCUCUUCCUUUUCUACCAGGAAAUGCCAUGUGAUUGGUUGAUGUCUCACUUUCGUGAGCUGCUUACCCAGAAACAGCCAAUCCUAUUCAAACCCUCACUGUUCCAGCAUAUGGGCACCUUUUCCUCAUUCCAAGGGACCUACAACAAACUGAAAGACAAAGACUUUGUGGAGGCCUACUACACUAACCCUCCAGCAGAUGUUUACACUGAUUUAUCCACCUACCAGGCACAUUACCCCAAAAUGGCUUGGGAGAAUGGGAAAGGAUUUUUCUGGGGACGCACACCAGAGAAAGGAAAUUACCUAACUGUGGUGUUUAAACACCCUGCCGUGGUGACAGGGAUAUCUGUAGAAACAGGGUCAGGGGGGAAAGACCUCUUGGAGUCAGCUGUGGUGGAGAUGGGCCAUGAAGUAGUUACCACUGAGAAACAAGAGAGAACUUGCAACAUAUUUCAGCUGUUGGGGACUGUGGAGUAUGGGAGCUUUGAAAUGCAGGAGAUCGACAAAAAGUACAGCUUAAGCUCUUCUUGUAUCAGAUUACAAGUUACAGCUGGUCAGAAGGACUGGGUUAUCUUGAAGAAAAUCAGGGUUACGACUAAGAGUUGAGCACACUUGAACACAAAAGCCCAGGUGUGAUGUUUUUGUUAAACCAGAUUCCAAUUCACCUGUGAGCCAUAUCUUUCGACAAUGAACAUGUAACUUUUACUUUUUUUUGUCCCAGUACAAAGCCACUGAAAAUGGGAAGCCAGUUCUGAGAAAACUUGCCUUCAACAUACUGAUGAUACCAACAGUGACAAUAGUACUUGGAGCAAUAUGUGUUGAAGGCAUUUAAACAGAAUGUGUUCACAGUUACAAAGUUUUAAAAAUAAUAUUAAUAAUAAUAAAAUAAUAGCUUUUUGUGUUCCACAGUGGUUUUUGGCACAGGUGAACCGGGCAACCACCGGGGGCGGCAUUUUUUCCAUGAUGCAUGAGGGGUGGCACAAGCACUUAAAAAAAAAAAAAUCGCACCACAAAGCGGUUUUCUAUUAUCUGUCAUAUCACUAUGUGGGGAAUUGGUAGGUUUCACAAAUGGAAUGGACAAGGGGUCGAGGAUGGAAUUAGUGGGCUAAAGUCACUUACACCUCAACUUUCUUCCAAAUAACGCACAUCUUAUUCAUUACAUUAUAAAUGCAGGCCUGUAAUUCCUGUACAUUUUUCUUAAUUGUGUGAAAUGGCUAAAAAAAAAAAAAAAAAAGUGAUAAAACUAUUAUGUGGUCACCCAGGUGAAUUGGUUUAGUUUUGACUUC